AUGGCGGACGAGGGAGCUGUGACGGUCUGUGUGCGUGUGCGGCCGCUUAUCGCCAGGGAAAAUGCCUUAGAAGAUAAAGUGUCACUCCACUGGAAAAGUGAAAAUAAUACUAUUUCAGAAGUGAAUGGGACAAAAGUAUUCAGUUAUGAUCGUGUGUUUCACUCAAGUGACAGCACUGAGCAGUUAUAUGAAGGUGUAGCUGUUCCAAUUAUACAGUCAGCUGUGCAAGGGUAUAAUGGCACAAUUUUUGCUUAUGGACAGACAGCUUCAGGGAAGACAUACACAAUGAUGGGAAAUGAAGAUUCUGUAGGCAUUAUUCCUAAGGCAAUUCAACAUGUUUUCAAAGUUAUCUGUGAGAUUCCAAAUAGAGAAUUCUUGCUAAGGGUUUCUUACAUGGAAAUCUACAAUGAAACCAUUACAGAUUUGCUUUGUGAUAAAAGGAAAAAGAAGCCUCUGGGAAUUCGUGAGGAUGUUAGUAGGAAUACAUAUGUAGAAGAUCUCAUCGAAGAGGUGGUGGUUGCUCCAGAACAAGUAAUGGAAUGGAUCAGAAAAGGAGAAAAAAAUCGCCAUUACGGAGAAACAAAAAUGAAUGAACACAGCAGCCGUUCUCACACUAUCUUCAGAAUGAUCAUUGAAAGCAGAGAACGAAGUGACCUUGCAAAUGCAAACUGUGAUGGAGCAGUGAUGGUAUCCCAUUUGAACUUGGUAGAUCUGGCAGGAAGUGAAAGAGCUAGUCAAACAGGAUCUGAAGGUGUCCGACUGAAAGAAGGCUGCAAUAUAAACCGGAGCUUGUUCAUUCUGGGCCAAGUAAUCAAAAAACUUUGUGAUGACCCUUCUGGCUUCAUAAAUUACAGAGACAGCAAAUUGACUCGAAUUCUGCAGAACUCCCUUGGAGGAAAUGCAAAGACGGUCAUUAUUUGUACAAUUACUCCUGUUUCUUUGGAUGAAACUCUCAGUACUCUUCAGUUUGCGAAUACGGCCAAAAGAAUGAAGAAUACUCCCAAAGUCAAUGAAGUGCUUAAUGAUGAUGCCCUCCUGAAGAGAUAUCGCAAAGAAAUUCUGGAUUUGAAAAAGCAGCUGGAAGAAGUGUCUUCGAAGACUCAAAUUCAUGCAAUGGAAAAAGACCAGUUGGCCCAGCUGUUGGAAGAAAAAAACUCUCUUCAAAAAGUACAGGAAGAUAGGAUAAGAAACUUAACUGAGAUGCUGGUGACUUCUGCCUCCUUUUCCUCAAAAGAAAAGACUAAAGCCAAGAGAAAGAGAAGAGUUACUUGGGCUCCUGGUAAAAUAAACCAGGCAAAUGUGAGCUAUUUUGAAGACUUUGAAAAAACAAGGCUGAGUGAAACAAAAAAAGUUAAAAUGUCUGUGUCAUCACUAACAGACAUGGAGGAUUCUUUGUUAGAGAAUUCUGUACAUGACAACCAAUAUCUAAUGGCUCCUGAUCAAAUUUCAGAUGUAGAAUGGACUGCUGGACCUAACAUGAAUUGGACUCAGAGACACUUUGAAGAAUCUGUAGAGCUCUGUGAAGCAUUAGCACUGGAAAAGGAUGUUGCUUUAAAUGAGAUCAAUAUCCUGCAAGCUAACUUUAACAACCUAGUAUUGGAAAAUGAGCAGUUAAAAUCAGAAAUAAAUGAAUUGAAGGAGAAACUCAAGGAAAAAGUAGAACUGGAUGAAUUUGAAGCACUGGAAAACCAAACACAGAAAGUUCAUGAGGCAGAAAUUAAGUCCAAAUCGGAACUGCUGGAAGAAAGAGAUAACAAAAUAAAUGCAUUACAAAAGCGUGUGGAAGAAUUACAAAAAGCAGGAGCAGAAAAGGACACAUGUUUUUCAGUGGAAGAUUCUGAUAAGCUAACAGAGGAAAUCCAGCAGCUGAAAAAAUCUCUCUUAGAUAGUGAAAGCGUAGCCUUGGAUGCCAAAAGAGAAUCUGCUUUUCUCAGAACUGAAAACUUGGAGCUGAAGGAAAAGAUGAAUGAACUUUCAAAGAAUUACAAGCAAAUGCAGAAGGAUGUUGAAUUCUAUCAAAGCCAAAUAGAAGCAGGAAAAGCCAGCUACAAAAAAAUGCAAGCUGACUUUCAGAAAGAGCUGCAGUCUGUAUUUCAAGAAAACACCAGGCUAACUUUGUUGAUGGAGGGUAAAGUUCCAAAAGAUCUGUGCUCUCUUCAGGAGGUAGAAAAAAAGGCAGCUGACUUAAAAGGAGAACUAGAAGAAGCAUUGAAAGAGAAUGUCCUUUUACAAAAACAAGUAAAUGAGCUAUCAGAAUUUCGGUAUCUACCAAAUACUGUUGAGAUACAGCAGAAAGAGAUUCUUGAGAAAUGUGAGGAGGUACGCGUAUUAAAAUUGGAAAGAGAAAAGUUGCUCUCCGAAGUAGCUGAUAAUGAAAUUAGACUUAAACAUAUGACUGAAGAAAUUGGAAAAUCAAAAGAUGAUCUAGCAGCUGCACAACUUAAAUAUGUAAAGUCUGAUCAGGAAUACGUAGCACUUAAACAGCUCCAUGAAGAACUAGAGCAAAAAUACGCAGCUGCAUCAGAAAACAAUAAACACAUGGAGCUCCAAAUAGACACUUUAUCUAAAGAAGCACAAGAGUCUAAAGUAACCUUGGAUGAAGUGAAAUUAGAGCUCUCUAGAAAAAUGAAGGAACUGGAAGAAAAGACAGUGGAGCACAAGCAGCUUCUUGAGGUAAAAGAAGAUUUCAUUCAGACUCAGCAGAAGUUGAAUAAAAUGGAGCAAUUAAAAGAGCAAGAAAAGAUUAUGGAGUUGAAACUGAAAGCCAGGGACUCAGAGAUCCAGGCAGUUCUUCAGCAGCUUGCUGCAUGUCAGGAGGAAAUAAAAGUUCUAACCCAGGAAAGAGAUGACUUGAAGCAAAAAAAGGAGUCUCUCCAAGCUGAGGCAUACCAACUCAAAGAGGAUAUCAAGGACACUGUUUCAAUGAACAUUCUGGCACAUGAGGAACUGAGAAAUACACAGAGUGUUCUCAAGGAGUCCCAGGACACUGUCAAGAAUCUGGAAAAAACUGUUUCUGAAAAACAGGCUCAAAUUCUGAGUGUCGAAGAGGCACUAGGGAAAACCAUUAAAGAACUUGAAAUACAGAUAUCACAAAUGACAGAAGAAAUAAAAAUCAUCACAUCAGAGAGAGACCAGCUUGCUAAGGAAAAAUUUGUAAAUAACCAUAGAGAAAGUGAUGAGCUUCAGGUGCAAAAGGAACAAACACUCACAGAAAAUAAUUCACUGCAGGAUAAACUGGACAGUUUACAUCAGAAACAAGAAGGAGAAGUAACUUUGAUACCACAGAUUGAAGAAAAACCUAUUGAGCAAGAAUUGUUUCUUCUGAGAGAAGAGCUGAGACAGGCACAAAAGAAAUUGCAUGAAAUGGAGGAAGCAAAAGCUGAUGAAUGUCCAAGAGAAUCUGAACAAAUGGGGAGAACAGAUUUGAAUCCAAAAGUGCAUGAGUGUCAGGAGCUGAGCAUUCUGUCAGAAAGAGAUAAUCUUAAAAUGCAACUGGAGAAUCUCCAAAAUGAGAGUGACCAACUAAGAGAAACUAUACUGCAGAUGACUAGUAGGAAUUCAGAAAUGAAGGAAGAAUUGAGAUGCGCUCAAAACUCUCUUGCGGAGUUGAAAGAAAGUCUUUCAGAGAAAGAAAAUCAACUCUUGAAAGCACAAGAGGUGUUGAAGGAAACAACCGAUGAACUCCAGCAGAAGCUCACUGAAGUAACUGGACACCUGAGUAGUGUUUCUUCAGAAUAUGACAAGCUACAGGCAGAAAAAGAACAAAUUGAAAGAACAAUGAAUGAACAUUUCUCUCAGCAGCUUGAGAAAAUCAAUCAGGAGAAAGAUGAGCUGCAAAAAAUAGCAGAGGCUUGUAAAGCUGAAAGAGAUCAGCUAGAAGCUGACUGCUGGAAAAGCAAGGAGAGAAUUCUUGAAACUGAAAAAGAAUUGAAGUGGCAGCAAGAACUCCUCAGCAAUGAGAAGACAAAAGCUGAAGAAAGGGAAGAAUAUUUGUCAAAGAUUCAGAGGCGGUCAGAGAUUGUGGAGGACUGCCUAACAAGCAAGCUUCAACAGUUAACUGAGGUGCUAAAUAACGUAUCAUGUGAAAAAGACCAGUUACUGGCUGAAAAGUCUAGUCACUCUUCCCAACUUAAAGAGGAAAUCUCAGUAAUUAAUCAAGAAAAAGAAGAGCUACAAAAACAUCUUCAGGAUGUCAGGUCUGAGCGGGACCAGCUCAAGGAAGAAUUGCAAAAAAAUUCUGAGAAGUGUGCUGAAACAAAUGCAAAACUGGAAUGUGCUCUAGACCAACUGAAGCAGAGAAACCUGAAUGAUAUGUCUGUUCAGGUGGACCUGGAUAAUGCAGAGCAGAUGGCUGAAGACAGACUGAAGGAAAUGAACUUCAAAAUUGUGGAGCUUCUUGAGAAAUUCCCAGCUAUGGCGCAGAGGUAUGAAUGUCUGUCUACAGUGUCACUUAAUCUAAAGAACGCACUGAAUAGUCAGAAGGCAGUGAUAGCUGCGAUAGAGACUCAGCUUUCAUCGGAGCAGAGUAAACAAGUCAAAAUACUUCAAACUAUAAAUGAGAAAAUAAACAGAAAUCUCCAGAGUUUAUUGAACAAAGUGAAGUUCCUGUUUAGUCGUGUUUGCUCAAAGAAAAGAGACUAUUAUGCUACUGUUAACAAAUACGAAAUGGAAUUGCUUGAGGAAAAGAGAAAACAAGAUCAGCUACAAGCUCAGAUUCAGUACCUAAGAAAGACCUAUUUCAAGCAGAAUGAAGUGUCUUCUCAAGAGUUAAACAUCAGUGAAGUGCUGCAGAGUUUACACUUGGAGGCAGAGAGUAUUUUCAAAGAUGUGUCAGAAAUGGAAAGUGAACUUCUCUGCAUAGAGGCAGAGUUACAGCAGGAAGAAAGUGAUAGAAAAGAAACAGCACAGUUUUGGGAAGCUUGUUCAGGAGCUCACUGUGAUGCUGAGGAACUUGAAAAAGAGUUAAGGAAAGAUAAUGAAAGACUUUCACAAGUCAUUAACUUCUGGAAUCCUAAAGUAAAGAUACUCCUUCAACUUUCAUCAGAGCUGGAUGCCAGAACUGCCAGUUACUGUCGAAAUGCUGAUCUUGAAUCAAAACAGAGAAAAGAGAAAAGUGGAGAAUUGCUUCAGGAACUAAACACUCUUAAAGAACAACUGGCCCCUGGUGGCUCUGCCAGUCAAGCAUUAGAAGAAGAAAACUGCAGGCUUCAUAACAAGUUACGGACUGCACAACAAGAUGUGAAGGCUAUGGAAGUAAAAAUUCAGGAAUUGGAAAAUGUAAUAAAAGAAGUAGGAAAAAAUCUUGAAGAGAAAGAUGACACUAUAAACAAGUUACAAGCACAGAUAAGAAUUAAGAUGGAGACAAGUGAGCUCACCCAACUGCAAGACAAACUGAAUGAGAUGGAGAAGUGCCUCAAAACUGCCUUGACAGAGAAUCAGAGCCUUCAGGCAAAAUUAGAUAAAGGUGCUGAGUUGUAUAAAGAAGAAAUUGAUAAUCUCAAAACACAAUUGGUAAAAUGUGAUAUGGAAAGAAUGAAACAAUCCAAAUCUUUUGAUACAAAACUUGCUAAUUAUAAAGCUCUUGCAGAACACCAAGAACAACAGGUAACAAAGCUGAAAGAAGAACUUAGAAGAGCACAUCAACAGCAUGAUGCUACUGUGGUACCAGAAAAUGAAGCUCCUCAGCAAUCCCAAACGCCUAUUACUUGUGGUGGUGGCAGUGGUAUUGUGCAGAGCACACAAAUACUGAUUCUAAAAUCUGAAAGAGUGAGACUACAGAAAGAGAACUCACACCUGACGAAACAACUUGACAUUCUACAAAGUAAUGAGCUUCAACUGAAAGAGGAAGUUAGAAAAUGGAAAGAAAGAGCAUUAAAGAAAGAGAAACUCUCCAGAGAAAAUGCUCGAGAGAUGAUACCGAGUUCCCCAAAGAAGACAGUGUCAUCUUCCCUUAAAGAGCAAAUGCCUUCACCUGCCAAGGAGCCCAUUUCUCAGGAGGCUAUGACUGCAGAUGCAGGGAAGACUCUACUACCAACUUCUGCAACAAAUUUCUUUGAUAAUUCCAGCUUGGGUAUACUUACAGGUACACAGCCUGUGGGAAAAGAGCUCCCAGAAGAACAUCUUAAACACUGGUUUGGAACUUCAGAGAAAGACAAAGCCCCUGACUGUAUUGCCCAAUAAAGGUGUUUUGUUGUAAGCUGGCUUUGCUGUCGCUACAGCCAGAACCUGCAUAUAUGAAAAAGACUUACAUCAGGUCAAAAGCAAUCAGCUUCUCAAAUUGUGAGAAAAACACUGGCAUGCAGAUCCCUUGCUAUCUUGGAGCUGCUACUUCCCAUGAUUGGAAAAGCAGUUAUGUUGCCCACAAACUGCUGAUCUGAUGAUGUUCUGCUUUGGUGACUUGUCUUUCUUGGAUAGCAAAGAAAGAAAAGCUAAUGUAUUGAAGAAAAGGAAACGGGAAUGGAACAUUAAUCUACUAUGAAACUUCUCAGUCUUAAUUCUAUCAUUCCUAAACCAGCCCUCUUCUGCGUGGGCUCAGAGUGCUGUUGAGUUGGAAAGAGCUGUGCUUUUUGUUUCUCAGCAUACAGUUUUUAUACCAUGCUUUCUCUAAGUCCACAGAAACUGCAUUUUCACCACAAUUUUAACCUAUCUGGACAUUCCAACUGAACUCACUAAUUUUCUGUUUAUAGGGCACAAUCAAGGGUUCCUUUUAAACACCUUACAGUAUUUCUAAGCUCAUCCAGUUAUGGUACCAAGAAUGACUUUAUACUUUGCAUCUUCUUUCAAAAUACUGUUAAUGCCUACCUGAAAUUGCUAUUGGAAUUCUUUUAAUAGUAAGCAGUGGACCUGACAUUUCUCUGCUAUUCCAUGAAUUGAAAAUAAACUGAAUAGUGAUCAGGGCUGCAAGACACACUAUUUUAACAGCCUGCUUAUCUGCAUUGUGAGGUCUACUUUUUGUAUGUUUAGUAUAAUAUUUGUUUUGACAAUAAAAUGUUAAAUAUUUUAAAAUA